AUGCCGUGGAGAUCAACACUACAAGCGUCAGCAACAGUAAUAUCCCUCCUCCUCCUCGUGAAUGAGCUCCGGAGAGCAUACAACAGGCUAGAGCAGCAGCAAAACACACUCACGCCGCUCCCGCCCACGACCCGAGGCAUCGAGUCCCGCAUCGGCAACACGCCUUUGAUCGAAAUCAAAUCGCUAUCGGCAAAGACAGGAUGCAAGAUCUACGCCAAGAUGGAGCUCUGCAACCCCUUCGGCAGCGCCAAGGACCGCGUCGCGUUGGCGAUUAUCCGCGCCGCUGAGGUUCGCGGCGACUUGGUGCCCGGACAGGGCGACGUGAUAUUCGAAGGCACGUCGGGGUCUACGGGGAUCAGCUUCGCGGCGUUGGCGAACGCGCUAGGCUACGUGGCUCACAUCUGUCUUCCAGAUGACACUUCCCCGGAAAAAGUCCAGUUGUUGCAGACGUUGGGCGCCGUGGUGGAGAAAGUCAAGCCCGCGAGCAUCGUUGACCCCAACCAGUAUGUCAAUGCCGCCAAGCGCGGCGCGGACGAGAUCAAUAACGAUGCCAAUGAUCCUCGUAGAGCUGUGUUUGCUAACCAGUUUGAAAACUUGCAUAAUUGGCGCGUGCAUUACACUACGACGGGGCCCGAGAUUUUGCGGCAGUUGGAUCGCGUCGACGUGUUUAUCAAUGGCAGUGGCACGGGCGGCACCAUUGCUGGUGUGGGGCGAGCUUUGAAAGAGCAUAACGAGGCAACUAGGGUGGUCUUGGCUGACCCACAAGGAAGCGGGCUAGCUAAUAGAGUCAAUUUUGGCGUGUUGUACGAUAGUGUGGAAAAGGAGGGCACGAGGAGACGGCACCAGGUCGACACUUUGGUUGAAGGGAUUGGCUUGAGCAGAUUAACGCAGAAUUUCAAACAAGCUGAAGCUUAUAUCGACGAGGCUGUCAAAGUCAGCGACGCAGAAGCGCUCAGCAUGGCUCAGUAUCUCUGCAUGAACGAUGGCUUGUUCUGGGGCUCUUCGGCAGCGGUGAACUGCGUUGCUGCGGUGAAAACUGCAAUGAAAUAUGGACCCGGUCACAACAUAGUGGUUAUUGCUUGCGACUCUGGAGAUCGGCACUUGAGCAAGUUUUGGAAAGAAGCGGCAAAAGUGUCAAAAUCGAUAUCAUUAGAGGAAGUUCUUCUGUUGAACUAG